AUGAGGGUUACUCUCGGUCUUGCAGCUCUCGCCGUCGGCGCCUCGGCCAUCCCUACCGAGCUUAGGGAACGCCAGGAUGGUCACAACUCCAAGCCAUGCCCCAAGAAGCCCUUGGUUACCAAGGAUGCUCUGGAGAAGGACAUUACCAUCAAGAAGUUGAUGAGGGGUGCUCAGCAGCUUGAGGACUUUGCCUACAGCUACCCAGCUCGUAACAGGAUCAUGGGAGGACAGGCUCACAACGAUACUGUCAAAUGGCUGAAGAAGGAGCUUGAAUCUACUUCGUACUACGAUGUUACACUUCAGCCCUUCUCCAACUACGUCAUGUUGAACGGCACUCUCAAUGCAUUCACCAUCGACGGACGUGCGAUUAACUCUACCAUUCUUGAGUACUCCGCGUCUACUCCAGGUCUCGUCACCGCACCCAUCGUCCCCGUCAACAACCUCGGUUGCGAGGCGUCCGACUUCCCUGCCGAGGUAUCUGGUGCCAUUGCGCUCAUCUCGCGUGGUAGCUGCGAGUUCGGAUUGAAGUCCGCCCUUGCUGGAAGCGCUGGAGCUGUCGGUGCCAUUAUCUACAACAAUGUUGCAGGCACAAUCAGCGCCACUCUUGGUCCUCCUCCUCGUCCCGAGGGUGACUACGUUGCAAGUGUAACUCUCUCUUUGGAGGAGGGUCAGGCCAUCGUUGCCAAGGUCGCUGGCGGUGCUACCGUUACCGGCACAUUGGAUGUUUUGACCGACGUCCAAGUCAUCACCACCAACAACGUUCUGGCCACCAGCAAGUGUGGUGACAAGAACAACCAGCUCUGGCUCGGUGCUCACACUGACUCCGUUGGCGCUGGUCCUGGUAUCAACGACGAUGGCUCCGGAACUGUUGCUAUCUUGAACGUUGCCAAGUCUCUUGCCAAGUACAACGUCAACAACGCUGUCAGCUUCGGUUUCUGGUCUGGCGAGGAGUCUGGUCUUCUCGGCUCUACCUUCUUCGUCGAAAGCCUGUCUCCCGAAGCAGCUCUUGAUGUCCGCGCUUACCUCAACUUCGACAUGAUUGCGUCUCCCAACUAUGUUCAUCAGAUCUACGACGGUGACGGCAGUGCUUACGGUCUGAGCGGCCCCGCUGGAAGUGACGAUAUUGAGGCCUUUUUCGCGGGAUACUUCAAGGAUCUCAACAUUCCCAGCAACGAAACCGAAUUCAACGGCCGUUCUGACUACGGUCCUUUCCUUGACGCCAACAUUCCCGCUGGAGGCACAACCACCGGUGCUGAUGAGGUCAAGACUGUCGAGGAGCAGGCUAUCUGGGGUGGCGUUGCAGGAGAGAUCCUUGACCAGAACUACCACCAGGCUGCUGACAAUGUCACCAACCUUAACGAGGAGGCUUGGCUUCUACACUCCCGCGGUAUUGCUGCCGCUGUUGCUCAUUACGCUACCUCUUGGGAGGGAAUUCCCGAGCGUGUGCCUGCUAACGGCACUGCGAAGAGGAGCGUUCGCGAGCCUGUCGUCCGAAAGGGUGUCAAGGGCGGAAAGGUCACUCUUAAGCUUUUGUAA